GCUCGCAUUCCGAUCUCAACGUUGCUCAUGUCUUCUGACUCGAGGUUAUAAGACGCGCUGCUUGCGGGGUAGACGGGGCACCAGCACUCCCCUUGACAACAAACACAACGACACAUCAUGGGCGGCGAAGCUAGACGCGCAUGGACGUACGCCAUCUGCGCGGCCAUGACCAUGGCCAUUAACGGGUACGACGGCAGUACCUUCAACUCGGUGCAAGGUUUCAAGACCUUUGUCGACCACUUCAAGAAGCCUGGCGCCAAGGAGAUAGACCCCAACCUCCUGGGCGCCAUCAACACGGGCUACACGACCGGCGGCAUCGUUUCGGGCGUGUUCGUGACCCCCACUCUGUCCAAGCUGGCUGGUCGUCGUAUCUGUCUCCAGGUCGGCUGUGCCCUCGUCAUCAUCUCGACCUUUGUUCAAGUCUUCGCUCCCAAUGUCCAGGGCUUCAUCGGCGGCCGCUUGCUCAUGGGCAUUGGACAGGGUAUCGCUAUCCCCACUGGCCCGACGUACAUGACUGAGAUUGCGCCGGCACGUAUCCGCGGCGUCAUGAUGUCCUUCUGGCAGGUCUUCUUCACCAUCGGCGCGUUCAUCGUCUACUGGACGGCCUACGGCGUGAGCAAGAACCACCACCUCGGAAUCUGGCAAUGGCGUGUCCCGCUCUUCCUCCAGAUCUUCUUCCCGGCACUUGUCAUCAUCUCCAUGUUCUUCUGUCCCGAGUCUCCUCGCUGGCUAGUUGAACGCGGCCGUAUCGAGGAAGCGCGCAACGCUCUUAUUCUUACCCGCCCCCAAGAGGAAGCCGAGCAGGAGCUCGCCGACAUUGUCGCCGCCGUCAACUACGAAAAGACAGCCGCCCACCUCGACUCGCGCUGGUGGGCGCCGUACAAGACCAUCUUCGUCGAGCCGUCACUCCGCCGCCGUAUGCUUCUCGCCAUCUUCAUCAACUUUGGCCAGCAGGUCUGCGGCAACUCGGUGCUUGCGGGCUACACGUCGCUUAUCUACAAGUCGGUGUUUGCCAACCCGGACACCAUUUUCCUCAUCAACGCCCUGAGUGCCACUUUCUCGAUUCUGUUCACUCUCAACGCUACCUGGCUGGUGGACCGCAUCGGACGCAAGCCUGUGCUGCUAAUCGGCGCUGCGGGUCAGGGCAUUUCGCUGCUGAUCGUCGCCUGCGUCGGCAUCACCCACCCCGCCGACGCCGAGGGCCACCGCACCCGCUCAGUCGGCAUUGGAGUCGCCGCACUCUUCUUCCUCUUUGUCCUCUUCUACAAGCCUUCAUGGGGAGCCACUGUGUGGAUUUACAGUGCCGACAUCUUUUCUACUGACGUGCGCGCGCACGCUAUCAGCUUCUGUUCGCAGACGCAGUCGACGGUCGGGACAAUCGUGGGCCAGUUCUUCCCCAUUUUCCUCAAGAAGACGGGCUUCUACUGCUUCUUCUUCUUCGCCGGCAUGAACAUCAUCCUAUUCGCUGGUGUCUGGUUCUGGCUCCCGGAGACCAAGGGCAUCCCGCUCGAGGACAUGGACAAGCUCUUUGGCGGCGUGUCCCAUCGCGAGGCUGGUGAGGCGCUCGACAAUGAGAAGGUCGAGGCCAAUGGUGGCACGGUACUCCGUUAUGAUAGCCGUGAGGCGGCCCUCGAGUCGGACAAGACCAAGCAGGAGGUCAAGCACAUUGCGUAGGGGUUAUAGGGUAC